CUCAACCAUCUCAUUAAAGUAUCGAAAUAUUAAAAAAAUGUAAGGCAAAGCAGUAGUAUAUAGGGUAUUGCAGUCAGUCAGACAAACAAAGUAAAUAAAGAAGUGCUAGAAAAAGUGGUUUUCAAAGAAAAUAUUGGAAGGAAAAAAGUAAAAAGUUUAAACAAGUUCAAAACGAUGUUUCUUAAUUAAUUAAGUAGGAUUUAAUUAGUCAAAAUGAAUUGUCAUCAAAUAUUAAGCGGAGCUGCAAAUGCUGGGGAUCGAUGUUUCGCUGUUGGAUCUGUCGAAGGCAUUAGUUUUACAGCGUAUGCAGCAGGCUGCAAUAUUGUUGUUUUAGCUAGUACAUUUGAGCGUGUACAAAUCAUCCCUGGUGCAAUCCACAACUAUAUUAGAAUCAAUGCACUCGAUUGUAGUACGGAUACAGGAAAAAUUGCUGCUGCGUACGAAGAUAAAGUGUGUAUAUUUGAGCCAACACCAUUAAUUCAUUCAACACAUCCACCAGCUCAUGGUUUGGAAUAUAAAUGGGUUCAAACGGGAUGUCUUCAAGCAUCUUCACAUAUUACAUCCCUAUCAUGGAAUUUAGAAGGCACAAGAUUACUCACUGGCGGGACUGUUCUUGAAUUAUGGCAUGAAAAAUUGAAACAAGAUGAUGAUGAGCCAUUAAAUGUCAAAUUUGAAAUUGGAGGUGGUGAUCCUAAAACUCCAACAAAUGAGCAAGAUGAAGCUAUUGAACAACUUUGGGAAUGUGUUUGGAAAUGUCAUACAGCAGCACCAGUUCAUCAUAUGGCAUUUAGUCCUGAUGGGACAUUAUUUGCGACAUCCGGUAAAAGCGAUCGUCUUGUUAAAGUCUGGUACGAGAAUAAACACUUGCUAUUUCCAACAAAAAGUCUGGAACAUAAUCAGUCGAUGGGAAGUUUUAUUGGCAAUCCGUUUGAAUUAAAUUAUGGAUUUGUUUAUGUUGCGCAUCCAAGAGCAGUGACUCAUAUUUCGUGGAGAAAAACGAGUAAAUACAUGCCAAAAGGUUCAGUAUCAAAUAUGCUUGUUACGUCAUGUCUGGAUAAUAUUUGUCGAAUUUGGGUCGAGACAGUAUUGCCAGAUGAUGGACUCAUUAAUAUGAGUCAAUUUGAUCCAUUGGCAUCACAAAAUCCCAAAUUUCGAACACAUCGACAUAAACAUCGAUUUAUACAGCGUCUGAAACACAUGAAAACAUGUUUUCAUAUCAGACGUCAUGCAAAACAUCAAGCUGCGAGCGGAAUGGCAGGAAUGGGUGCUGGAUUUGGAGGAUAUGGAGCAAGUAAUGGUUUUGGACAGCCACCAAUUCCUACACUUCCUUCAACAUAUAGUGUUCAUGACUUUCAUUCUUACGGAUAUCACGGAACUGGAUUAACUGCUGGUUUACAUUUUCAUCUCGCAGCAAGUAUUAAUGCAGAAACUGACAUUCCAUUAGUUCCCUCAAUGCAAACAAACGAUCCAGCUUCACAGCCAAAUUUCAUUUUGCAUUGGUUGAAUAAUAAAGAUAUGCAUUUUUCGUUACAAGCGGAAGCUUUAAUGCAUGAAAUGGCAAAGAAAUUGAUCGAGAAAGAAGAUUUAAUGAGUGCAGCUGAUAAUAGUCAAUCGGAACAUUCAGACGAGCAAAAUCCAACAGAUGAAUUAAAGAAGAAAUUGAGUAAAAUCAACAAGUCAAUGUCGCACGAUGAAAGUCAACAUAGCGAUGUAGAAAUAAAUUAUCAGCAACAACAACAAUUAUUACAACAGCAACAGAAUGCGAAUCGUUCGCAUUCUAUUGGAAAUACGUCUAAUGUAAUUCCUCCAUCGCAUACAUUGUCGAAUACGACAUCAAUCCAAUCAUUAUUAACUGAUGGACAGGCUGCAGGUCAAGGUGGAACUAAUGCACACAGCGGAACUGAUUCAUUAGAUUUAAAAAUCGAAGGAUUAUUAAAAGAUUGGCACCAUAAUCCAGAUUUAUUAUUUUCAAUUCAUCCAAUUGAUGGAAGUUUUCUCAUUUGGGUUAUUGAAUAUUUAGAUGAGUAUCAACCAAGCUCUUUCCGUCAAGCUCAAGUAUCAUUUUCGACAAGAAUUCCAUCAGCAUUUCCUCUCGGUGAUGCAAUGUCCAUGUCUACAACUGUCAGUCUCUAUUCGAGUGCUAUAAAUUUCCUCAAUUUCCGUGAUAUGGUUAUAAAAACUGUAAAAGGUUCUUCAAAUCUAUCUACCAAAGAGAAUAUUUCUAAAGAAAAUGUCGAUGGCUCAGACACUCAAUUGCCAAGUGUUCAAGAAGAAACACAUGCAGACGAGGAUGAACAUGACGAGAAUAUAGAAAAAGAAACAAACAAGUCAAAAACAACAAAUGAUAAAAACGUAUCAAAUGAUUCAGGAAAUUUAAAUGAUACAGCGACUUCUGGAAGUGAAUUAUUAGUAGCUCCACCAUCACCAACAAUUUCUAUGGUAACAAAACAUUCGAAUGGUACAUUAAAUCUUUGGCAAUUGACUUUUGCUGACAAGAGUAAAUUCUCACAAGUUUUGAGUAUUGGUCAUGCAUCUCGAGCUAGUGGACAUCGAUUUAGAGUCAAUGAUAUUACAUGUCAUCCAGUUUUACCACUUUUAUUGACAACUUCACAUCAUAACAUUCCUGAAUUUAAUGAAGAUGAUGAGAAUGAUAGUAAUCAUAGUGAUUCCUUACCACGAUUUACUGUUGAUAAAUUACAGCGUGGAAAGGAUGUUUGUGUUCCUUCAGGUUUCUGUUCUGAACUUAUUUUAUGGCGUGUGGAUGCUGUCGGUCCCCUAUCACAAUCUGGAGGUGUUAGUGAACUUGCUCGUAUUAAUUCACCUGAAAUUUCUGCAUUUAGUAAUGUUGCAUGGAUUCCGACACUUUUGCCUAGUACAACACUUGGCAAUUUGUCAAAUUCUCCUUCCGCUUGUUUUGUAGCUAGUGAUGGUGAAUCACUUCGUGUAUAUCAAGCAGUCAUUGAUGCAAGAACUUUGUUGGCAGAAAUUUCAGUUUCAGAACGACGUCACAGAAUGAUGGAUUCAAUGAUGUCUUUAUCCGAAUGUUCAUCAAUUAAUGACGGACUAAUGCAUCAUCAAUCUCCUUUACAUGAUAAAAUUAAAAUAGUUUCACAGCAAUCAACAGCUCGCCCUGGAUGUAUUAUUCAAUUAGAUGCAAUUGCUGAUGCUACACAUGAUUGGCAAAAUACACAGUUUUUGCAUGUAUUUCAAGAACAAUUGAUAAUUGGUGAACGAGGUGAUUCUGAAUCAAAUUUAUAUUCCUCAAUGUUUGAUACUACAGCAUUUGAUACGGGUGAACAAAUUGAUGGAUUAAUGCAAAAGGAAUUAGAUGCUAUGGUUGAUUUACAAAGGAAUUCAGUAUUUGAAGAACCUUUCUAUAUUGUUGUUUUGGAACGAACUCAUCAUGGCACAACACUUCAUAUGUGGAGAAUUGUCAUUGCUUCUCAGCCAAUUUCUGCUGAUGAAUUAACGAGUAGUAUGAUGUAUGUACCAGACAGCAAUAUUGUUCAAGAUUUAGAAGAUGUUGAUGAACAGCAUAAACUUGGAAGACAAUCAACUGUUGGACUAGACGAUUUGAAAGAUGCACCACCUGGAAUUAAUGAUUAUUGUCCAAAAGUCAAUAUUCAAACAACAAAAGUAUGCACACAGGAAUUACCGUUGCCCGAAGGAGUUGAUGUUAUUCAUGCUGCUCCAGCAGCUGGUCAUCUUAGUUCAUCAUCUAUUUAUCCAGCCUGUUUUGCACCUUACAUUAUUGUGACUGCAUGCUCAGAUUCAAAUGUUAGAUUUUGGCGUUGUGAAGUGACAAAAAAAAAUGGAACUAAUAAUGCAGCAAAGUUCAAAUAUGAAUGGUGUGAAUGGGAUAUGAUUCGGAAAGAUCAAUCGUCUGCAAUCGAUGUAAAUGGACAAUUGUUGCAUAUUAGUGCUGCGUAUAGUGGUCGAAUUGCUUGUGCAUAUAAAUAUGGAAAAUCUUUUACUCGUCCAACAAAAGCUGAUCCAGAUUCGCGAUAUGUAAAUCUUUGUGUUGCAAUUUAUGAAUGUGAAAGUACUGGCGGAAGUGAAUGGAUUCUUGAAGACACGAUUCAUUUAAAGAACAUUCAUCUACCAAGAAUACAAGUCGAUCCACAUUUAGAUUUGAGUUAUCUUUAUGAUCAUAAAUCAUUGGCAAAGAAACAAAGAUUACAGCAAGUUCUUCAUCCUUUUGCACAUGAUGAUUUACUGAGAAAUCCAGGAAGUCGAAAUGGUGGAAGUCAAACAAGUAUAAAUAAUGGAGAUUUAACACCCGAAGGAGUCAAGAGUGGUAAUGGACUUUUAGCAGUUCCAAGUUUCAGUACUUUACAGAGCUUAAGGAAAUCAAUAACAGAACAUGGAAAUACAUGUCCACUGACUCAAAAACAUCUUGUUCAAUUAGACUGGGUAUCAAAGGAAGAUGGUUCACAUAUUCUAACAGUAGCUGUUGGCAGUAAAAUAUUCCUUUAUAGCCCUGUGUCGAGUGAUGUAGCUCAAGCAAAUAUGAAAGCAAUGAAAGAGAGUCAAACAGCAAAUAGACCUCUACUAAGAAAAGCUAGUUCCUUAGCACGUCCAAGUUUCAAUGAAGAAAUUCGAUGGAUGAAAUUGCGACAAAUCGAAUUGAAAACUGCUGAUGGUUUACCGCCAUUACCAAUGCAAAUAUCUUGGGUACGUGAUGGAAUUUUCGUCGUUGGAAUGGAUUCAGAAAUGCAUGUUUAUUCACAAUGGAAGCCUCGCGGUUAUGAACAAAUAUUAUUACAUCACCUAGAAAGUCUGGACAAUUAUCACGAUACGAGAUUGUUAAAAGAUGAGGAUUUACGUUCAUUAGCAACUGAAAGCAAUCAAAGAUUAUUAACAAAUGUUCCUUCAAUGCCACAUUUGUCAAGAGUUAGUGCAAAUAAUUUACAGCUCUUUGGUGCUCAAGAAAAGAAGAAGAAAAGUCCAAAUCCUGAAGUCGUUGUCAAUCCUGAUUACAUGAAUGAUUUUGGACUCUUUGAAGCUUCUCGUAUUGCAUGCCCAGUCUUGCCACAAUAUCAUCCAAAGCAAUUGAUGGAACUUCUUAAUUCUGGUAAAAUUAGAUGGGUAAAGGCAAUUCUAGCUCAUUUAGUUCGCUGCAUUAGUGGAUCAUGUGCAGUUCGAGGAAGUAAUGCCGACGAAGAGAGUCUUAAUCGUCAGAUACCAGAAGAACUCACUCUUGAUUAUGCUGAAAUCACUUCUAUUCCUCCAUUGCCAUUAUGGACACUUUUGGCUGCUGAUAAGGAGAAUAUCAUUCAACAACAAAAAGAGGAAGUCAAGGAUUACAACGAGCUCUUUGAGAAUAAUGUCGCAGAAGACAAUUUAGAUGAUUUAUUGGAAGAUGAUGAUGUUGAAUCAACAAGACGUUUUGAUCGUCGCUCAUCAAUUCCAGAAAGACAAUAUUUAUCGCAUUUUGGCCCAAGACAAGGCCAAUUGCUGUCAAGAUUACUCACUCAUACUCAUCUUCCUGGUUUAUCAAGUUUAGAUCAGAUGCAUUUGCUUGCUCUCGCCGAUACCGUCUCAACAUGCAAUACAGAUUUUGCUGAACGCUUUGCUAUUGCUGCUGCAAAAACUGCUAUUGCUAAAGAGAAUCUUACUGGAAAUCCAGGCGAUAGUGAGAAUAUUUCAACAGAUUCAUUGGAUGAUUGUGGAUUAAGAUUUUUGUUGGCAAUGAAACAUUUUAAUUAUUUAAUCAGAUGUUUACCGCUUGUACAGCGUUCUCAAUUCCAAAAGCAAGGUGUUGGAACUUCAAAUAUUGUUUGGGCAUUUCAUUCUGAGAGCGAAGAAGAUUUGUUGAAUUUAAUUCCAAAUUAUUCGAAAGGACAAAUAAAAUGGUCUCAAUUAAGAGAACUGGGAGUCGGUUGGUGGCUUAGGAAUCAGACAGUUUUAAAGACUUGCGUUGAGAAACUAGCAAAAGCAUCAUUCCAACAAAAACAAGAUCCACUUGAUGCAGCAAUUUAUUAUAUUGCAAUGAAAAAGAAGUCUGUUGUUUGGGGUUUAUUUAAACAAUUGAGGGAUGAUAAAAUGACUGGAUUUUUCGCAAAUAACUUUAAUGAAGAUCGAUGGCGUAAGGCUGCCUUGAAAAAUGCAUUUGCAUUGUUGGGAAAACAACGUUUUGAGCAUGCUGUUGCAUUUUUCCUUCUUGCUGGUAGUUUAAAUGAUGCAUUAGAAGUAUGUUUAACGAAAUUAGAUGAUUUGCAAUUGGCAAUGAUUAUAACAAGACUUUAUGAAGGAGAACAUGACAAUACACCACCAAGCUACAAGAAAUUACUGUAUGAAGAAAUUUUAGGAUGCGAUAAGAAUGGUGAGGAUCAAGAUAUCGAUAAAGCACAUCCUGAUCCAUUUUUACGAUCGAUGGCGUUGUGGAUUCUUAAAGAUUAUUCUGGAUCUUUGUCAACUUUAUUGCAAAAUAGUGUUGGAAUUUUACAUAAAGCAUAUGACGAUGAAGAUCCACUAUUACAUCCAGAAUUAAAUCAUGGAACGAAUUCAAAUGCAGCAACAACAGCAAAUCCAAAUGUUUUCAAUUUCUAUGUGUAUCUACGUACACAUCCAUUGAUUAUUCGUCAACAUAUUGCGAAUACAGCUCAAGAGAAGAGAAAGGCACAGGUUGUGUUGAGUGGCUUUAGUUUUGGUGGAAGUAUUGGCGGUGCUAGUUUAGCUCGAACUGAUAGUAUUGGAUUUAUGGGACAAAAUGCCAAAAUUAAAUCAAGCACAAUAACAGCUGAUAAGCAAUUACAUUUGGAAGAUUCAAUAACGCCAUUAGAAAGACAAUUGUACUUUACAACAGCACAUGGACAUUUUAAGGCUGGUUGUCCAGCUUUAGCAUUAGAAGUUCUCAGUAAAUUACCCACAAAAGUUAUCGAUUCUGAAAUUAAUGAAAGUGAUGACAAUACUAGCAUAACUACAGAUAAAAAGGACGCUACAUCAAAUCUUAUAGAAACUGGUACAUUUGAUUGGAGUCAGCCUGUGACUAAUAGUAAUAAUGUAUUAGAAAGUGCCGGUAGUUUUGAUUGGGGUGCUCCAGUCGCUCAGUCUGCUGACGAUGGUUUCAAACUUGUCUGGGACGAAGAGGAACCAGCUGAUGAUGAAAGCGAUGAUGGCUUGGGAAUGAAAAUUGAUGCAUCGAAAGACAAUACCAAAAUAAAUGUAGAAUCAAGUGAUAAUAUUAAUUCUAGCCAUAAUAAUGAUAAGCACGGAAAAUUGGAUAUAAUGGCACAGCAACUUAAAUUUAUUGCAUGUUUAAAAAUUUUAAUGGAAGAAUUGUCAACAUUAGCGACUGGUUUUGAAGUUGAUGGUGGACAAUUGCGUUAUCAAUUGUAUGUUUGGUUAGAGCGUGAAGUUGAGGCAUUAAAACAAUUGUGUAAUUAUAGUACUAGCGAUAGUGGAGAUAGUACGAAUGUUACAUUAGAAGAUCAUGCAGGCGGUGCAAUUGAUAGUCAGCAUGAAACACCAUUGAUGGGAAAUAAGUUUCACCAUAAUGAUCGUCCAACGCUUCACGAGAUUCUACUACAAGAGAAACAUGAUUUCGAAGCGAAAGUAGCAAGAGCAGCAAAAAGAAAACGAUGGUUGAAAGCUAAUGAAACAUUAUUAAGAACCUUGUUGAGUUAUUGCUCUUUACAUGGAGCAAAUGGAGGCGGUUUAGCAUCAGUCCGAAUGGAAUUAGUUCUUUUAUUGCAAGAAUUACAACAAGAAAAGACUCAACAACAAUUACUUAGUCCAUUACCAUUCCCAACCACUUUACCUCUAUUAUCUGCUUGCGUUGCUGGAAAUAAAACAGUUAUUGCCGAUCCAAUUCGUUAUAUUCAGAGUCAAACACACGAUAUGCUUCAAACAAUUGUCGAAUUACGUGGCCCUCCAGUUGGAUUGAACGAUCCUGAUACUUCUGAUGUUUUCAUUCUUCGUGAUCUUGCCGUAGCUCUUUCAGCGUGCAUCUAUCAAUCAUUGUGUGACAGUGAUACAUUUAGUGUUAAGCAAUUAACAGCAAAUGAAUGUCAUUCACCAGGAAUGGAAACAAUCGCAAAAUUAAAUGCAAGUUGUCAAAGUACACAUUUAAUGGCAAAUGCACAAGCUCAUACUAGACGACGAAAGUAUUCUACAGAUGAGCCAGUCGCUGUUUCUACUCCACCACCAAAAUGGCCAGGAGUGACUAAUUUGCGAGCUUUAUUAGCACGUGAAAAGGAUGAAGAUACACCAAGACUUAAUGUUCUUCUUUGUGAAGUCUUUACCGCAUCGUUUAUGUCCUUGUUGGUAUAUGCACUAGCCACAUGUGAUUGUCACAUACUUUAUAGACUUGUUGGACAAAGAUUUAGUGAUUCAUCUUGGGCACUUUUGUAUGGCGGUGGAGUAAAAAAAUUACUCAGAAAAGCAACAUCUCAUGUUCAAGCAGCUCAACAAAUGGUUCAACAACAAUUACAACAGCAAACUAGCAGCGAAGGUGAAGCUCCUGCCGAAACUGGUGUGUGGAAUACAGUGACUUCAAUAACAAAACAUCGUGUAAAGAUGAAUUUAAAGAUUUUGGGACAAUUUGGAGGUCAACAAAGUUCAACAAAUAUGAAGGAAGAUAAGCCAACUUAUCGAGAACAAUUUGUUCCACCAGAAAUGUCUAUGGUUAGUUAUUUCUUAACAAAACCAAUGUUGUGUGGCGAUAAAAAUGAAGACGAUUAUGAUUCAGCAGAUAGUGCUGUAAGUGAUUUAGACGACGACGAUGAUGAUGAAGAUGUAUUUGCAGAUCCAUUAUCAAAUGAUCCAAAGAAAUUGCAAACAGCUUUAGCUAUCAAGAGACAUAAAAAGGAAAAUACAGAACAUACAAAUCCAAAUUCAUUAUCAUGGUGCAUUUUAAGAAUGGCAAUCGUUAAGCAUGCCCAAAUUCAGCUACAUUCAUUCAUUAAUAUAGCUGGAUUAGAGUUACAAGAACUUCCAGUUUGUAGUCCAUUAAUUCACGGAACUCUCAGAAGUUUAGCAAUAUGGCAAGACUUGUUAAAGGAAGAAUUAGAAUCGCGUGGACCAGCUGGUGCAGAUUUUAUUCCAGGAUGUUUUGUUGAAGACGAUACGAAAGGUCCAUCAAUUGGAAAAUAUCGAACAAUUCUUGAAAGGAAUAAUACUCCAUUUACUCCAAGUGCUGCUUCUGCGGCCCCUAUUCGUCGUCUUUGGAACUACAUGGUACGUCAAGAAGCAUGUCAGGAUGUUUUUAUUCGUGCAAUAUUUGGAAAGAGAAAAACAUUUAAUUUUGACACCCAACAAUCACAUUCACAUUCAACUCAAGCUGGAAAUGUUCCAUCCGGCUCUAAUUCAGUCAUCGACUUUUCACAACAUAGUGAUGCAAUAGUUAACAAUUUCGGUGGUUCAGGUGGUAAAGAUUAUCAACAGCUUGCUGAACCUGUCAGAAUCAUACACAAGGAACAAGAAUCAAUUUCUGCAUUUUGUAUUAAUUUAGCAAAUCAAGGAAUGAUGGCAUUAGCGACACCAAAAGAACUUCAAGAAAUCGACAUUUCCUUAUUGCUCGAAUCUCCAAAUUGGUUAGAAGAUGAAUGUGAAUUUGACAUUAUGAAUUUGUCAAAAGACGUGGAUACACUUCCUUCAAGCGGCUUUCUUGUCAUUCAAGCUUCCGGUAUUGAUAGAGCUGCUGCAAUGAAUCAAGCACAAAAUCUUCAACAAGCACCAAUGCCUGUUAGUCCACAGCCAGGGCUUGCACCGCAAUCUGGUCGGGGAGCUUCUGUGGUGCUGAAACAUAAAAUCGAUAACAUCAAGAGAAUGAGCGCACAUCCUUUAAUGCCAUUAUACAUUACUGGUUCACAAGAUGGAUCUGUUCAGAUGUGGGAAUGGGGGCAUCAGCAAGCUGUUUGUACGCCAAGACCACCAGGCACUUUUGCUAAAGUUACGCGAUGUCGAUUCUCGCAACAUGGUAAUAAAUUUGGAAUAGCAGACGGCGAUGGAAAAUUGAGUUUAUGGCAAGUCGGGCUUGCAUCACAAAGUAAUAGAUCAUUCUUUUCAAAUGAAUGUCACAAUAAACUCAUAUCGGACUUUGUGUUCUUGGGUUCGUGUAGUUUAGUCGCAACAGCUGGACACAGUUCUGAAAGCAAGAACGUAGCUAUUUGGGACACACUUUUACCACAGAAAAAAGCAUUGGUUCAAUCAUUUGCAUGCCAUGAUCAAGGUGCAUCUAGCUUAGUCUAUGCUCCACAACAUCAACUUUUGAUUUCAGCUGGAAAGAAAGGAGAUGUGUCUAUAUUUGAUGUGCGUCAAAGGACUUUAAGACAUCGUUUCCAGGCACAUGACACAGCAAUUAAAUGCUUGGCUGUUGACCCUCACGAAGAAAUUUUCAUUACUGGUUCAGCCGAUGGUGACAUAAAGAUUUGGGCACUUCCCGCGCCAAUCAGUACGCCAUUAUUUUACUAUCCAGGCGAGCAUAAACAUAGCAGUUUCUUUAAACAUACAGGACAAGGAGUAACACAAAUACACAUCGAUCAAUUUGGUAGACUGUUUUCAUGUGGAGCUGACGGUUCCAUGAAGAUUCGCUCUUUGCCAGACCGAGACACAAUUGUUAAUGCAAUUUAUUAAGGGAUGAAUGAAGAAUGUCUAAAACUUUUUAAAACUAAUAACGAUUUAAUGAAAAAAAUUCUCUUUACGACUUUCGAUGUGUUUAAAGUUUCGUUUCAUAUUUUAAUAAGAAAAAAAAAGUAAGGAAAUCAUAAUGUUUAUGUAAUUGUCUCCAAAAGAAGAAUAAGAAGAAGGAGAAAAACUUAUUAAAUACAUAAAAAGCUCUAUUUAAAACAAUUUUUCAUAAUUCUUAAUAAUUUAAUAUGAUUAAAGUGAUAUAAUGAGAACUUAUAAGUAAAGAAAGACAUGUUGAAUAGAAACUGAAAGCUAGCAAGACAUUUGAUUCUUAACAUGUCUCUUUUUUAUUAUUGAUAUUUAAGCUAAUCAUUACUCUCAUCCUAUUCUUUUCGAUAUCGAAUAAUUGCAUAAUUGAUCAUAAAAGAAUCAAACUUAAUCUACCUAAUUCUAUAACGCACGCUGUUAGUGUUGUUGAUAUUAAAGAGAAAAAAAAACAUCCCCGAUAAUAAUAAUAAUCAAUCUAUAUACAAAUAAUAAAAAUAUAUAUAAUAAUAUUAACUGAGAAGGAUUUCAAAUCGUUAUACAAGCAUAAAUCAUAGAUUAAAAUGAGUCAAAAAUAAUAGUUGUUAAACAUAACACAUAAAAUGGGAUAUGGCUGAUUAUUAUGCAAUUUAAUGCAAUGAGGAACUUAAACUAUAUAAGAAUAUAAUGUGUUAAUCCUUUCUUUCUAUUUUUAUCUUCAAAUUUACAUUCUAUUUCCUCGUUUUAAGUUCUAAGACAAACUUUAAUAUACAUCUACAAAAUAUAUAUAAAGUAACGAAAAGCUAGCAUUAAAAAAAGGUUUAAUGCUACUUGAAAAUAAAGUAAGAUAUAUAGUAUCAAUAAAAAAAAUGUCUUAUGAAGAGAUAAAUAAUAUUAAUAAUAUGAUAUACAUACAUAGCCCACAACAGUUGAUGAAAGCUAGCUCAAUAAUGAUAUUGUGCUUAUGGAUUGUAUCAGAUGAUCUAGCAUGUUGUGUCUAUUUUGGGCAUAUGGCAUAUAAAAUCAAUGAAAUAAUGUUUUUAAUUAUUAUUAUUCAAAGAAUUAUUAUUGCAAAGUUUAUAAUUUAGCUGAAAGUGAAUAAUAAAUAUAUUGUUGGCUAUGAAAAAUCAAUGCUGCAAGCACAAAGAAUUUCUAUUUCAGGUAAUUUUAUUAAAUCUAUUGUAUUAUUGUAUUUUACAAAGAAUAAAUUGUUAUUUCUACUGUUCGACUUCAACUUCAACUUCUGGUGCCUCAUCCUGUCCUUCCUCACUUUUCUUUUUCAAGUACAUAUUCCUUAAAAUGUAACCCAUUGGACGUGCGUCUGGAUACUUAUCUGUUAAAUAGCUUUUAAUUUCACCAUGUUCACACAACAUAUCAAACUUGAUCUUUUUGUGAUUUCUACGUCCUUCGAGCUUUUUCAAGUGAAUAUGAUAUCCAUAACUAUUAGCAUAAAAUGGAGGGAACUUUUUCUUCUUUAAAACGACCUUUCCGUCCAUUGCAAACGUAUUGUAAUCCAUAAUUUCAUCAUAUCUGAUAUCGCUUUGCUCUCUACAGACUUUCGGAGUUCCAACAACUUUUGGGAAGUUUCCAAAUUCUGGUCUAUAUUCAACAAGAUUAAGACCUUUUGCUUCUGCUAUAUCAUCAUACUUUUUCUGUGCUAAUAAUCCUAAGAAGAAUGCUUUUACAAUAUGCUGUACACCUUUUGAUCCUUCAACUUUUGCAUAAAGGUUUUUAAUGCCAACUAAUUGACAUAUUUCUUUGAUAGCACGAUGACAGAUUAAUCCAUGACCUUCAGGCUUCUUCUGUACGAAUAUUUUUGUUAACCCAAAGGAACAGGCAUAAUCAUGAAAGACAGUAUGACCAUCACAUAAUUCUAUAUGCAUUAAUUUCUGUGCUGCGCGAUUUUUAGCCUUUCUCAACACUGCUCUUCCAUCGACAGCUUUGGCACUAGCAAAUCCAGCUAGUCCAUUCUUAUUUCCAGUUACAACAAAUGCUGAAAGACGUCUUUUUCUUCCCAAAUUACCUUUCAUAUUGAAAACUUGCUUAAAUUCUAUGACUUUUGUAUCGAAUCCUUCAAAACUAUCUUCAGCAAUUUGAUCUGGCGCACCAAUACUUCUUCCUGGCAUCUUGUUUCCUGACCAUCCACGAUCUAAGGUGCUUAUUUUCUGGAACUUUUUACUUGCCAUAGCAUCACGAAGUUUUAAAAUCUUUGCUUCACGAUCUGGAUCAGCUGGAAGUUGAUUUCGUUGCACCAACUCUCGUCCACGAAUUAUAGGAGCUGAAAGUCCAGGCCAUUGAAUAUUUGCCUUUCCUAAACCAAUAACUUGUCCCCGAUUUAAAUCCUUUCUUCUAAUUAAUCCUUUCGCUCUUCCUCUUUUCUUUCCAGCAUUUGAUACUGAUGUUACUCCUUUCCAUAAUUCAGUAGCCGGCA